GUUGAACAUUGUUUGGCUGGAACUCUGGGCAACAGAACAGCAUGGCCUACGGUUGGAAAUUGGAGCGCAGAGACAGGAUGGUCCAUGCAGGCGUGGAUCUCUCACUGUGAACUCGUCAGCACAGACAUAUGCAUUACUUGUGUGCCUUUUGUGCUCCAGAGUGCCGGCAGUAAACAGGCCCCUUGCAUGCAUGACCCAGGCCUCGUCCCACUCAGCGUACCUCACUAGCUCAGUAGAGACAUGGGAAACCUCAUCAGCCGGCCCAGCUGUCUGGGUCAGAAGUCCAAGCAGGUCAAAUCUGAGGAGCUAGACCAACCAAAGCACAGGAAGGAGCAUCUGCCCAAGAAGGAGCCCCAAGAGGCAAACACGCCAGCCACACAGAGCCCAAUCUUAGAAAGGCCACAGAGCACCUCUUUGCCCUUUACCCGGCCAGACACCCCUUCCCCGGCCAAAACACCUCUCAACGGGACCCUGACUAAGGGGAGUGGCACUGGGCUCAGAAGGGCCCCCCAAGGACAGCAGGUGAAGGGGAUUGAGGAGACGCCACUGGUUUUCCAGAGAAGGAACUCUGGAAGUCCCUGGCCAUGGAGAACACUCUCUUCCCGGGAGGUGACGGAGGUAACGGAGGUGACGGAAACCAUCGUGACUGAGAUUGUGGAGGUGACCGAGUUUCCAUCCGGGGACAAAGGGGGCGACCCGGUGGUGACCAGGACUGUACGCGUCCUUACCGGAGCGGCCGAGGAACUCACUGAGCUACGAAGUGACGGACACUCCAGCUCAGACCAGGAAUCUAGUGUAGACAGAUGGACCUCUCUUAACAAGAAGAGUUUGCGGGCUUUGGCUGCCAAAGAUGCCUUCGAGGACUCAGAGACCUUCCAUCGGGCCCUGGAGGCCCUGCUUACAUGGGUGUCUGAGAUAGAGGAGCUGAUAGCCAAUCAGAAGCCGCCUUCGUCAGAGGUCAAGGUGCUGAAGGCACAGCUUCAGGAACAGAAGCUCCUACAGCGCCUCCUAGAGGACAGGAGGCCCAGUGUGGAGUCAAUGGUGAAACAGGGGCCACAACUAGCUAAGGCAUUCCAGAGUGUGGGGAGAGAGUCAGCAGCAAGUCAGAUAUGCAGCCUGCAGGAAAAAUGGAAGGCGUUACUCCAACACGCAGAGAGCAGGCGAGGCGGGCUGGAGCAGAUCCUGCCAAGAGCACAGCGGUUCCAGGAGACCACGGACACCUUCCAGCACUGGCUCAUGGCCGCCGAGCAGAGCCUGUCAGAGCUACGCUCCGCCGAGAGGGGGAUGGGUCGCAUCCCGGAGGCUGCUGCACGUGCCAAGGCUGCGAUUGAAGAAAUAAAAUCUAAAGGGGCUGACCUUGAGGACGUUCGACAGAGAGGCCACGAGCUCAUGGAGAAGAUUUCAGAGGAGGAGUCCCAGUUAGUGCAAGAGAAGGCCGACAGCCUGAGGAUCAGGUACUCCGUGCUCAGCCUGAGUGGGGCCGACGUCCUGCAGCGCCUGGAACAGGCCCUGGAGGCUUCUCAGCGCUGCACCUCCAGCCAGGAGGAGCUGCAUCUGUGGCUGGGGAGGAUCGAGCGUGAGCUGCUGGGUGUGGGGAGUCAGCCCCCGCCUGGGGAGGGCGUCCUCUGUGCCACCGAAAGACUUCGGCUGGAGCAGGCGGUGGAGAAGGAGCUGGCCUGGUUUGAGGACACCGGCCGCAAGCUGGAGGAGCUGAGCAACAUCAGCCUCCAUCCCGACGUCAUCUGCUCUCAGCUGUAUGACCAAAAGAUUCUCGCUGUGGAGAUAAUGCAGCACAGAUUUAACAUCGAGAAGAUGAUGAAGGUCUUGGAAAUCCUGCAGAGCUACAGUGAAGAGGGUGAAAACGAGAACCUGCAGUCACAGCUUGACACUCUGCAGGAGAAAUGCCAGGCCGUAUCGACCACACGCUCCCACGAGGUGCUGCAGUUAGAGCAUGCUCAGGCGCUCCUGCUCCAGUUCUCCGAGAGCUACGCGGAGGUGUCGCCGUGGUUACAGGAGACCCAGGAUCUGGUCAGCCAGCUCUCGCUGGAGGCCACCAGCUACGAGGCUUUCCGGGAACAGCAGGAGCGCUUGCAGGGUCUGAGGGAGUCCAUAGCGGAGCACAAGCCCUUGAUCUCACGGCUCUGCUCAGUGAGCCGUCGGCUGUCUGAGCUCAGCCCUACCCAGGGGGAGGAGUUCUGCCAGCGGGCUGCGGACGUUGCGGAGAGGCACAGGGCCAUCAGGGAUCGGGUACGGGAGCUGGCCGGCCUGCUGGAGGAGUCUCUGCCUCGCUACACACAGCUCAGCGAGAGGAUGUCCCUGCUGGGUGAGAGCCUGGAGCGUCUGCGCAGCCGGCUGCAAUCGCCCGUGGCUCUGCGUGGUCAGACGUCUCGUAUCCAGGAGCAGCUCCAGGAGAGUCAGCUCACGCUGGCCGAGCUGGGCAAGAUGGGGCAGGGGCUGGGCAAGAUCGAGGGGCAGGCAUGCGAGCUCCUGGCCAGCGCCAAACCCACCGGGGACAGUGCCAUCUGCGUGGCCAUCCAAGAGCAGGUGAGCGACCUGGGGAAGCGUCUACAGGAGGUGCAGGCCCAGGCUCAGGAGAGGGAUAAGUGGCUCCUCCAACUCUUAGACCUGGCCGCCAAGUUCUGGGGGGACGUGAACGACCUGACGGGCAUGCUGAACGACACGCAGCAGGCCAUCCUGGACGUGAACGGGAACGGCUCUGACCCAGUGACCAUCCAGCAGAGUCUGGAGAACAUGCAGGCCCUCAGGGAUGACAUCGACAGCCUGCAGGGAGACCUUGACUCACUGGGAAUUCUGGGAAUGGAUCUGAUGUCAGCAUGUGGGGACAUUGACAAGCCAGACGUCACUAAGUGUUUAGAUGAGCUUUAUGGUACAUGGAACAACCUGAGCAAGCUGUGGACAGAGUGUCAUAGCAAGCUGGAGAACUACCAGCAGGUGGCGCUACUCUACCAGGACACCAUGCAGGGACUGUUUGAGUGGCUCAAAUCCGCCGAGUUGAAGUCCACAGAAGAGUUCUUGGUAGAGACUGACUUGGAAGCUGUGAAACAGCAACUGUGUGACUUAAAGGCAUUUAAACGGGAACUGUACCAAAAGAAGAUCGAGAUGGAGAGCCUCAACCACCGCUUCGUCUGCCGUCUCCCCCUGGACCACGAGACGCCGGGCUCCACCUCGUCUCUGGAGAACUUUCGCCGACGUUGGGAUGGCCUGGAGGGGGAGACAGUGAGCAGACAGCACCAGUUGGAGUGUGCUCUCCUAGGUCUGGGUCAGUUCCAGAACACGCUGGAUGAGCUACACACCUGGCUCUCCCACACGGCGGACCUUCUGCAGGGCCCCCGGCCAAUCAGCAUCGACCUGCAGAUCUGUGAGAUCGAGUUAGCCAAGCACAAGGUUCUCCGGAAUGAUGUGAUGUCACACGUGCGGACGGUGGAGUCCCUGAAUCGGGUGGGCCGGGAGCUUUUGGAGGCUGGCUCUGGUGAUAGCCCUCAUGGUCUUCAGGCCAAGCUAGAACAGCUCGAUGAACGCUGGGAGUAUGUGCGCUGUGAGACCGAGAGGAGACAGCUGGAGUUGGAGAACAACUUGAGUCAGGUCCAAGAUGUUACAAUGGAGAUCCAGGACCUGCUGCAGUGGCUGGAGAACACAGAGCUGAGGAUGUCAUCAUCCCGGCUGGUGUGGGGGCUUCCUGAGACGGCCAAUGAGAGGCUCAGCGCACAUCUGGAGCUGUGCAAGGAGAUGGAGUCCAAGCGGCAGACCUAUGACAAUGUCAGCGACACCAUCCACCGGCUUCUGGAGAACCACAAUGUUGCCCGAGGCUCCAGCACAGAGCACAGUCUGUGCAUACUGGAGCAGAAGUGGGAGACGGUCUACAGCAAAGUGCAAGAGAGAAAGGCUAAGUUGACUGAAGGACUGAGUCUGGCAAAGGAGUUUCAUAGCACCGUCCAGGACUUGCUGACCAAGAUGGCGCAAUGUGAGGAGGCCAUCAGUGCUCUGCAGACACCCAGCUUCCUCCUGGACACAGUCUGUGCUCAGCUGCAGGACCACAGGACGUUGGUGAGUGAGGUGCAGGCCUACAGCGAGAAGAAAGCCACAGUGGAGAGCGCAGCAUUACGGCUGAAGGAGCUCAGCAGGAAGGAGGAGGGUAACGUGGUGCAGAACUUGGUGAUGACUGUGCAGACCCGCUAUGAGAAGCUCCAGCAGCGUGUGGGUGAGAGGGCCGCCUCGCUGGAGGAGGUCAAGAAGCAGGCCAAGCAGUUCAACGAGUCAUGGCGCCUCCUGGUGGACUGGAUGGUGGAAGUGGAGCAGACACUGGACACACAUAAAGAGAUUGCCGUGUCCCAUGAAGAGAUAAAGCAGCAGCUGACAGAGCAGAAGGAAUUCCAGAAGCUUCUAAGGCUUAAGAGGCCCAUGUAUGAGGCCACCCUGAAGAGGGGACGGGCUCUGCUUGAGAAAUCCCAAAGCCCUGAGGACAGACAGCAGCUGGCGGACCUUGUGUCUGAGCUCCGAGACUCAUGGGAUACCAUCAAUGGAAAGUCCAUGGAGAGGCAACACAAGCUGGAAGAAGCACUAUUGUUUUCAGGCAGAUUCACAGACGCCCUUCAGGCGCUGAUGGACUGGUUGUUUAGGGCUGAGCCGCAGCUGGCCGAGGACAUGCCUGUUGGAGGAGAAAAGGACUUGGUCAACAAUCUUAUAGACAAGCAUAAGGUGUUUCAGAAGGAGCUGGGCAAGAGAGCAGGUUGUAUUAAGACUUUGAAGCGUUCUGUGAGGGACCUGACUAAAAGCAGCAUGGCAGACAGCCGUUGGCUACUCGAGCAAAUGGAAGAGCUUGAUGGGCGUUGGGAGACAAUUUGCAAGCUGUCCGUAUCCAAGCAGGCAAGGUUGGAGGACGCCCUCCGACAGGCAGAGGAGUUUGACCGCUUGGUGCACUCCUUUCUGGAGCGUCUCUCCGACGUGGAGAGGACUUUGAAGUACGGGCCCAUCCCGGAGGAAGAGGAGGCCCUGCUGGUGUUCCACAAGCAGCACCAGGAGUCGAUGAACUCACUGCAGUGCCAGGAGAUGGAGCUCGAUAGCAUCCGUGCCCUUGGGGAGGAGAUCCUAUCAGCCUGCCAUCCUGACUCUGUCAUUACUAUCAAAUCCUGGAUCAGUGUCACUAAGACCCGUCUGGAAGAGGUGCAAGCAUGGGCUCAGCAGCAGGGAGAACGACUCCGAAGCGGCUUGUCAGCGCUGGAGGCCGAGCGGGAGGAGGUGCAGCGGCUGCUUGACUGGAUCUCCUCGGCUGAGGAGUCACUGGCCCUGAGGGACCAGGAGGGGCUUCCAGAAAGCAUGGAGAGCACCGAGGAGCUGAUAGCUCAGCAUGAGGUCUUCAUGGAUGAGCUGAAUGGAAAGGUUCCUGAGGUUGAGAGUGCCAUAAAGUCAUGCAAAAUGAAGAUGGUGCCCAAACAGCUCAUGUCCCCGAGCCGUAAAACCCCCACAAAGAGGAAGGGCUCCCAGAAGCUUCAGCCGCCAACAACUUUGCCCUUGGAGAACCUGGAACCUCAGAAUCCCAAGCUGUGCCAGCUGGUCAGCCACUGGAAGCAGCUGUGGCUCGUGGCGUUGGCCCGACAAAGCCGACUUCUGGAGCACCAGCAAAAGCUGCGAGAGAUGGAAGCCUUCGCCAGCUUUGACUUCGAGGUCUGGAGGAAGCGGUACACUCAGUGGAUCAGCCACCUGAAGUCCCGCAUCCUGGACGUCUUCCGGGGCAUCGACAAGGACCAGGAUGGCCGUAUCACUCAGAAGGCCUUCAUUAACAGUGUGCUUGCCUCCAAAUUCCCCACAAACUCUCUUGAGAUGGCAGCAGUUGCUAACAUCUUCGACAUCAAUGGAGAUGGCUACAUUGAUUACUACGAGUUCGUAAGCACGCUCCACCCCAGCAGAGACCCAUACCGAAGGACGCUGGAUGCAGACCAGAUCAAUGAAGAGGUGAGUCGGCAGGUGUCCCAGUGUAACUGCCCCAAGAGGUUCCAGGUGGAGCAGAUCAGCGCCAAUCGUUACCGGUUUGGGGACUCGCAGCAGUUGAGGAUGGUCCGGAUUCUGCGAAGCACCCUGAUGGUGCGAGUCGGUGGAGGCUGGACCGCACUGGAUGAGUUCCUGGUUAAGAAUGAUCCUUGUAGAGUGAAAGGGAGAACCAACCUGAAGAUAAAGGAGAAAUACCUCACCUCUAGCUCGUUCAGCACGUCCCGCAAGGGCAACAGCACGUCCAAGCCUCUGGGCGUCAGCCGCUCCAAUUCCAGCCUGAGCCUGUACAGCACGGCCUCAGCACCCAGCAGCCCCCUCACACGCAAGUCUGUCCUGCGGAGGAGCCUCUCAGGAGAUCGCUGCAGCAGACCCAGAAGCUCCAUCGCGGCCCUGGGACCUGAGCUGCAGUUUGCUUCCCCGGGGGACGAUGGAUCCCCAUCGCCACCUGUUGGCAGUGACGAAGCAGAGAGGCCCCCUACAUGAGACCCACACUCAACCCCUUCCCGAGACCCUGGAGACCAGACCGGAGGCAGCAUACAGAGCUCUGCGGAGCUCCAGGCCACGACGCCAGACCAGCUCACCUGGAAGUCCUUGUACAGACUGACGGCAGCCAGGACAAACGCAGGCCCCCAUGGAGAAGCCCCCUGGAAGGGGGGAGGGAACAGCUGUUUGUGGGGGUGGGCUAGAGGGGGUGGUCUGCUACACCUCUUCUGUAACCUUGGUCCGACAGUCAGUCUGGUCUGAUGCCUGUGCUCUGAUACACUGAACCUCUUUCCUGUCAGGAACUUGUUUUAGUUCUUCACACAUUGAGUAGCCCUUGCUGGGUAACCUAAACAGAAAUGGACAGAUUCAGUGAUAUGUGUAGCAUGGACAACGAUGGCAUGAUGUGUCUGAGCUAGAGAAUGUAAGCUUUAUAUCUAUGUAUGUGUGUAUGUGUUCUUGCGUUUAACGUGAUGCGAGAAGGCGUGGUGCAUUCUGGGAAAGCAU